ACGUCUGUUCCCUUAGAAAGCUGGGCUGGGAGCGUGGGAUGCAGUCGGUAACCGGAGCCCUGUCGUUGGCCUUCUUCCUGGGCUUGAUUUACAGGAGCGCCUCCCUCUAUCAUCCGCAACGACGGGCCAUGUUACACGUGAAGAAUCAACGGAGUGGCAAGCUGAAAGAGAAGAAGACCCCGUCGAAGCCACCGCGGCAGCCGUGGGUGGAUCUCAGCCCCCUGGGAAGCCGACCUGUCAGAAUGUUGAUGCUGGCCGCUGGUGCAGCCGGUUUCGGCCUUUAUACACCCGCCUUUUACAUCGCUGUCCAGGGAUACAAAGACGGUUUAGAGGCGAGCGCGGUGGUGCUUCUGCAGACCUGUCUGGGUUUGGCAGCGGCCCUCGGCUGUGCGGCUUGGGGAGUCGUUACCGCCAGACCAUCCGCCCAGUGCCUCGUGUCCAGGCAAUAUCUCUGCCAAGCAGCACUGCUCGGAGUUGCUAUAGCUCAGGUGGCGUUGGGCAGCGUGCAAGGCUAUCACGGGCUGGUUCUGGCUUCCGGUUUAUACGGCGCGUCCUUGGGCGGUGCUCUCUACUCCCUAAAAAUGCUGGCCCUCGAAAGACUGAGGGCGAGACACUUUGCACGCUCCUGGGCACUCGUGCAGGCCGCAGAAGCAUUACCUAUUCUUCUCGGAGUUCCUCUUACCGGUUACAUGAACGCGAACAGCUCGAGGGUGGGUUACUACGCGUGCACGUUAAGUUCCUUGUGCGGUGCAGCGUUGCUCUUCCUGGUUGGCUGGGGCCGCCAGCCUGCGUCACCGUUUCUUUCUGCCCCGAACCUGUCCAACGUGAGCAUACCGCCGCCGUGUGCGUGCCCUCCGCCGCCAAGGCCAAGGUUGCCAAAGUCGCAGUCGUUGCACGUACCGUUGGACGUGCCGUUGGAGGAGAGCCUUCGCGAGAGAGAGAUGGAGAGGAUGCACACUGCCGAACACUAUUAUCAGCCGCAAUUCUACGGCCCUCUGAGACCCAGCAAGAGCGUUCCAGAGGGUUUGAGUCAUCAGGACUCGUACAGGAGUCGGCCAAGACGACACAGAGACGUCACGGUGAUCGAGCAGAUCACCACUAGCGUUUAAUUAAUUAAAAAUUGCGGGGGGGGAGGGGGGAGAAAGAGGGUGGGAGAGAGAGAGAGAAAGAAGGAAUCAAAUAUAGUUGGUUGAUUGAAGCUUGGAGCUGUGAUGGAGUUGUUGACUGUUAGUUGUUUUAGAUUGGGCCUGACCAACUCUCAAACUGUUCCACGUGGUCGAAAAGAUUUUUCAUUUAGGCUUUUGUUGGGUGAAAUAGCAGGCUUGAACUAAAAGUACUGGUCUAGGUAAAUUUUUCUGCCCUUUGAGUUAUAUUUAUGUGUAUUAAAUUUUCUAGCAAUAUUUAGGUCAAUAUUAAAUUUCCUAAUUUAGGUUUUUGUUUGGUGAAAUAGCAAGCUUAAACUAAAAGUACAGGUUUAGGUAAAUUUUUAUGCUCUUUUGAGUUAUAUUUAUGUGUAUUAAAUUUUCUAGCAAUAUUUAGGUCAAUAUUAAAUUUCCCAGCAAUCAUUUAGGUUUUUAUUUGGUGAGAUAGUAGGCUUAAACUAAAAGUACAAGUCUAGGUAAAUUUUUAUGCUCUUUUGAGUUAUAUUUAU